UGCUAUGCGUGCGUGAUGUACGUUGCCCACCGACAAGAAAUUCUCAGCAAUCAAAGCCGACCUGCCAGUUAAUCAGCAAUUAAUAAAAUAAACGUUAACCUCAACUGCAAUGCCAGCCCAUAUUCCAAGUCCAGGGUAACUCGUAAAAACUCCAGUGGUCUACACUACUUUAGAUUUGAACUUGACCAUGACUGUAGCGGUGUAUCCACGAUAACAAGAAAAGUAAGAAGUCGUUGGACAUGAAGUCUGAAAUUUUCCUGAUUUUGAAUCCUUCCCAGGUUUCUUCAUAUUCAAUUCAAUUGUCCUUAACGUGUUUGUAUUAGGCGGACCAAAAAACAGGAAGUGCGGACAAAUGCAAUUACUGUCCAAUUUCGUUACUUACCGUGGUUGAACAGACACAAAUCUUGAAACCACGUGCCCUGGCUUGCCAGUGCCACCUCCGAUCCCUCCCAUUGGCCUUGAUUUUUCAAAAUUUUACUUGUUGGUGCUAGUUUUGCUAUAUAAAUACUAGUAUAUAUUAUAUCCUCUGCCCAUAAGCCGAAAUACAUUAUUUUCUAACCUGAGAUGUGGAGAGUUAUAGUUUGUUGAAUCAGAGAAAAGCAACAAAGAAGAAAUCUCUAUUCGACCAUACUGAUUUUUGAGAGAAAUCAAAAUUCGUCUCUGUACAGUGAUUAUAAACUGCUCAUCAAUUCCCAGCGGCUCAAGAAAGAAGUUUGUUGGUUUGGAUGGGGAUUUUAUUUUCCACGCCUGAGGAAACCCCAACAUUAUUAGGAAACCAUGUAUCAGAUGGAUGCAUAGAAAAACAGUUGGGACCAACUGCAGUGGGUUCCAUUAGUUUCAACAGCAGAGUUUUAGAAAGAACUGCAUCUGGAUCUCUAAGUUUUGAAGUUAGAGAUUUGGGAAUAACUGCAUCUGGAUCCAUUAGCUUUAAAAGCAGAAAUUUGGAAAGAAAUGCCUCUGGAUCCAUUAGCUUUAAAAGCAAAAAUUUGGAAAGAAAUGCCUCUGGAUCCAUUAGCUUUAAAAGCAGAAAUUUGGAAAGAAAUGCAUCUGGAUCCCUUAGUAUCAAAAGCAGAAUUUUGGAAAGAAAUGCAUCUGGAUCCAUUAGUUUCAAAGAUAGCAACAGAGAAACAAAUUGUCUACGGUCCCUUAGUUUCAAAGCGAGCCCAACAGAUACAGCAUCAUUGGAGUCCAUUAGUUCAAAAGGCCUAGAUUUGGAAAACUCUACCAAGGCCAAGGAUUCAGAAGCAUCUUCCAGGAAUUUGGACAGUUCCAAUUUAAUAGCUUGUAAAACUUCUUAUGAGGGAUUACCUAGAUUCAAAGAGGAAGUGGCUGCAGUGAAACUACAGAAAGUUUAUAAGAGUUAUCGUACAAGACGGAAUCUUGCAGAUUGUGCUGUGGUAGUUGAGGAGCUCUGGUGGCAAGCAAUAGAUUUUGUGACCCUUAAGCGGAGUACUGUUUCAUUUUUUGAUAUUGAGAAACCACAGACUGCGAUUUCUCGCUGGUCACGAGCAAGAAUAAAGGCUGCAAAGGUUGGCAAGGGCUUAUCUAAGGAUGACAAGGCUCGAAAACUAGCUUUCCAGCACUGGCUUGAGGCUAUUGACCCACGACACCGUUAUGGACAUAAUCUACAUUUCUAUUAUGAUGCAUGGUUUGAUACUGAUACAGUGCAACCUUUUUUCUAUUGGCUAGAUGUUGGAGAUGGUAAGGAUCUCAAUCUUCUCUGUUGCUCCAGGGGCAAGUUGCAACAACAGUGCAUAAAAUAUCUUGGCCCUAAUGAAAGGGAGCAGUAUGAGGUCAUAUUCAAUAACGGCAAGCUUGUAUACAAGCAGAGUGGUCAGCUGGUUGACACAGCGAAAGGAUCAAAGUGGAUAUUUGUUUUGAGCACAUCAAAAAAUCUCUAUGUUGGUCAGAAAAUGAGGGGCACAUUCCAGCAUUCUAGCUUCUUGGCUGGAGGAGCAACAUCUGCAGCUGGAAGAUUGGUUGUAGAUGAAGGUGUUCUCAAGUCUAUUUGGCCUUACAGUGGACACUAUCUUCCAACUGAGGAAAACUUCAAUGAGUUCAUCAGUUUUCUAGAGGAAAACAAUGUUAACCUCACUGAUGUGCAGAGGAGCCCAGCUGAUGAAGACGAGCAAUCUUUCCGCCUUGGAAAAAACUCAAAAAUUGAAAAUGGUCCAAACUUGGAAUCAAGGAUAGACAGGUUGUAUUUAGGUGAAAAAAUAGAAAAAAUAGAUUCCCAGAAGGAAUGUACAGUCAAUGAUAGCUUGCUAGAAGAAAAAGUUGCUGCUAGUACUUUGUGUCAUCAUGCCGAAACCAAUGAACCAGAAGAAAUUGGUAGUGGGCUUUCAGAUGAUCAGUGUGUGGAUACAUACGAGGAAGCCUAUGCAAAAUGCAUCCCUCUUACAGAAGGACCAUUGAAGGAAACAACAGGUUGUGGCACUCAUGGUGUAGAUAAAACAACUAAUUGCCAAGAUAAUCAAGAGCAAGUUCGCUACAAAAGGAGCUUGUCAGACAAAGCCCUUGAAGAUCAUUCAAUAGCAGUGCCUAGGGAAUUAUUGCUUAGAAGACUUAAUUCGAAGAAAGCAUUGCAAUCAUAUCAGCUUGGGAAACAGCUAUCUUUAAAGUGGUCUACUGGAGCUGGUCCACGUAUAUUAUGUGUUGCAGACUAUCCUGCGGAGCUCCGUCUCAAGGCUUUGGAGAAAGUAAAUCUGUCCCCUAGGUAUAUGUCAAGUAACAGCCCUCGAGAGUUUCCUGAUCUUUCAAAGCAAAAUCACUAAGGGACUUUACUUACUCUUUUAUCUUUUCUUUACCAAAUUCUUUUAGGAUCAAUUUCCAACAUCAACUGUUUAGAUUCCCUAAUAUUCAUUUUGUUCAUCCUAUAAAGGCUUUUCCAUCAUGAUUUCUUGAAAGAAGCUGCAUAAAAGCCCAUCAAGGGAAGCCAUAAUUCAUGUACAAUUCAUCAUAUAUGAAAUACUUGCAGUAAAAUAAACCUGCAACCUAUUCUGCCCACUGUUACUUAUGCCAGUAUCAAAAGAAGGAUUAUGUUCAGGCUCUUACAGCUGAAUUAUCUGUAAUCAAGAGAAAUAUUUAGCCCCACAGAUAUAAAUUGAAUUUUUUCAUUGCAA